CCCCAUUCUCACAUACACGCUGAGAAAGAGCUUCUAGUUAAAAACAUUACUCAAUGCACAAACUUUAGUUUGAUCAUGAAAGUCAGUGUAAUUGCCUUUGUAGCAGGACUUAUCGGAGCUAUUGGGCUACUCCUGUUUUUGGUGGCAUUUGGGACGGAUUACUGGCUCUUAGCGACAGAGAAUUGUGAAGUGUAUGAACACCACGCCAAGAAUGCUAAGUCCAGGCCUAUAGGUGACACACCGAGUGGGCAAGCAUUCGAAGGAAAUGAUGAAUUCUCCAUCACAUUUCACCAUGAGGGCUUCAUUUGGCGUUGCUGGUUCAGUGAAGGGAUUUCCCAUGAUAGUAUCUGGAAUUUCUGGUUCACAAACCAACCCCCAUCCAAGUACUGUGUCCAUGGCUAUCUUUUCCCUUUUCCAAUCGCAAUGGGACCUAUAUCUUCAUAUGACAGUACUGCUGUGUAUCGAGGUUUCUGGACAGCAUUUAUAAUACUGGGUGUGGCUGCUGCAAUUGUGGGAGGAUUUCUGCUGGUUUGUGCAGUGCCUUUUGUUAAUGCCAAACUCUACAAAUUAGGAGGUGGAUUCCUUUUGGCUUCUGGAAUUUUAUUUUCCAUCCUGAUAUUUCUGUUUGUGAUAUGGAAGGAACUUGUUGUGGAUUUGGAAAGAUACAUACUGCUGGAGAGAAGGAACAGCUGCAUGGAUAUCCUAGUCCAUGUGCAAUACGGAUGGUCCUUCAUGUUUGCGGCUGCUGGGAUUCCUUUGGCCCUGCUUGCUGGUCUGUUAUUCUGCCUAACUGGCCACACCAUUGAAGCCCAUAACAAAUAAGAGAUGGACACUGGUGACUGGAGCUGCUAGCUCUUCUGUGGUGCUAGACUAUGUUCAGUUCGAAAAUCAAAGCUAGUCUUCAAUGUUCCAACAGAUUUGAACUUAUAAUAAUGUCUAUCUUGUUUUGAGAUUCAUAGAGAGGUGAAUUUUCAGAAAAUAUUUUGUUGUGGUUUGAUGACACUUUAGAAUAUCGAAAUUUGUUUUGAUGGCACUGAGUGUGCUGAGGAGCGUCUUCUGGCCUAGACUGCAAUUAAUCAUUUUAGCAAAUAAGCACUUCACACAUUCAUCUGGCAUAUCUUGGUCCAUUGUUUUAAGUUGGGCAUUAACCCCAUGAAGUAACCUGACAGAGAAACAUCAUUCAAUCUAAUCCAUUGUUCACCCAGUACAAUUAUCAAAAGGAAUUCCUCAGCUUUGAUCUGAUAGGACAAUUUUUUUGUAUUAGAUUUUAUAAAACCAAAUGAAAACUGAAAUUAUGGUUUCAAUAAUGCUUUUAUUCCAUGACAUUUGACUGAAAAUACACACUAUUUGGAUAUAUCAGGUACCACAUUUGGCUACAUUAGAUAUCUUAAUGCUUUUCUCAUAAUUUUACAUUCACUGCACCAAAUACACUGCACCAAAAUGUUUCCUAUCGCUGUUAUUCAGUGAUUGUUGAUGUGGAAUAAAAGCUUCACAGUAAAUGGCAGCUGACUUUGAUGUGUUUCUGACCAGCUCUUUAUCCACAUACUCUAUAGCUGAAUGUGAAAAUGCAUCCACGUAUUUAGAUCAAUGACUGUUAGUGUAUUAUAAUGUGAAAAAUUUAAUAAUUGUGCUUCAAAAGCAGAUAAUUACUUAAUAACAACUCUUGGAGUGCAAGAAGCUAGCUGAUUUGAUGCUAUUGGUAUGUUUAAAUUUGCUGUUCAGUUUUCCAUCAUUAUAUCUGUAUUGUAAUAGUAUGCUAACAAAGAUUAUCUUUACUGCA